UCCGUUUCUCUCUCUUUCUCUCUCUUGAAAGAGAGAGUACAUCUCCGAUCGAUUAACUCCGCCGUCUACUGUUCUUGAGGUUUCAAGCUCAAUCUCGCACUUUCAUCUUCAAGGAUUAUCAUUCGCAUGUUUGAUUUCAACUGUAGAAAAUUAAUGCGCUGAUGGUGAACAAGAAGCGAAACGCCGCUUCUCGUUCCAAAGCCACACCAUCGCCGGUGGCUACGAGGAGUGGCGCUUCAGUAGCCGAUGGUCUCGUUCUCAGUCCAACCGACGCCGAGCAAAACCUAAAUCCGGAUUCCACCAUUGUUCUUCUGAAUACACGGCCAGGCAAGAUCGAAUCUUCGUUGGUUGAAUCGGAUGCUUCUUCUUACUCUGCAGUUAAGUUAGAAUGUGAGAAAGCACUGACGGCACUCCGUCGUGGAAACUACACAAAAGCCCUAAGGAUUACUAAGGAUUUGUGUAUCCGAUAUGAAAACACUUGUCACUCUUCGCUGAUUCAUCGUGUUCAAGGGACUGUUUGUGUUAAAGUUGCUUCGAUCAUCGAUGAUUCCAAUACGAAACAGCGUCAUUUGAAGAAUGCAAUUGAGUCUGCAAGGAAAGCAGUUUCGUUAUCGCAGAAUUCUAUUGAGUUUUCUCAUUUUUAUGCUAACUUGCUGUAUGAGGUUGCUAAUGAUGGAAAGGAGUACGAGGAGGUUGUGCAAGAGUGUGAAAGGGGAUUGGCAAUUGAGAAUCCAAUUGAUCCGGCUAAAGAGAGUUUGCAGGAUGAGGGCCAACAUAAACAAUCCACCUCCGAUUCACGUAUUACCCAUGUGCAGAGUGAGCUUAGGUCACUUAUUCAGAAAUCAAACAUAGCUUCGAUUUCCAAUUGGAUGAAAAACCUUGGGAAUGGAGAAGAUAAGUUCAGGUUCAUUCCAAUAAGAAGGGUAUCAGAAGAUCCAAUGGAGGUUAGACUGGUGCCAGCCAGACGACCUAACGAAAUUAAGAAGGCAACAAAGACGCCUGAAGAAAGAAGGAAGGAGAUUGAAGUCCGUGUUGCAGCUGCAAGACUUCUUCAACAAAAGUCAGAGUCUCCUCAGUUUCACAAUGAUGAAAGCAAGGGAACGGAUUCAUCAUCUGGGUUCAAUCAGAGGUCAGGGGAGCGUCGCAAGUCUUCAAUUAUAAAGAAGAGUGUUUCUUCGUCAGAGAGAAAGGAUGGGGUAAGGUCAUAUUGGAAUUCCAUGGGAUUAGAUAUGAAAAAAGAUCUACUCAGAGUUAGGAUUCCAGAUCUGAAGGCUUUUAACAGUUCAUCAAAGGAUAAUUCUGGUUGUGAUAUCAUAUGUGAAGCUAUUGCAUAUGCUGAAGGCAGUAGGACAUGGAGCUUUUGGAUGUGCUGCCGCUGCACUGAAAAGUUCUCAAAUCCUGAAUCACAUGCGCAACAUGUUGUUCAGGAACACUUAGGGAAUCUUAUGCCCAAGAUGCAGUCAGUUAUACCCGCCAAUGUUGAUAAUGAGUGGAUUGAGAUGCUCCUUAACUGUUCUUGGAAACCAUUAGAUGCUAAUGCUGCAUCUAAGAUGGUUGAUAACUGCUCUGCUGAAAUUGUUGAUGAAUCAUUGCCAAAAAUUGACACACAAGGGCAUAAGGAUAGCCAGAUCAAUGACUACUGUUUGGAUGAAGCUUGGAUAUCAUCCCCUCCGAGAAAAACAAAUGGAGAUAGUUGCAAUAGUAAUAUUGACGAUGAUGAUAAAAUCCAUGAUUCAAGUCUUUGCUUCAGAGGAAAUGCUAGGAAUCAGGGGUUCAAAGCUUUCCCCCUUUCCCACAACUGGCCAUUAUCUGAUGAUUCUGAACGUGGUAAACUUCUUGAGAAGAUUGCCUCUCAAUUCCAGGUUCUUAUUAAGCAUAAAUGCCUUGCUGCAAGUCAUUUGACCAAGAUAAUACAAUUUGCAGUAGAGGAGCUGCAGAAUCUGGCAUCUGGUUCUCUGCUUCUGAACUAUGGUGUUGGCCAGACACCCAAUUGCAUGUGCUUUCUGGGAGCUUCUGAGCUUAAGAAACUCUUUAAAUUUUUGCAAGAGUUGUCUCAUUCAUGUGGAGUAGGUAGGUAUCCUGAAAAGAAUAACGGUCUUGAUGAUUUAAGCAGCUGCACUCAGGCUGCUGAAAUCUUGGAAAAGGUGACUCUUAGUGAAGAUUCAUCAUGUCUUCAGUUGUAUGAGCAUUUCUUGCCUUGCAAAGGGAUUUCGACCUCCAGCAUUGAUGCUUUGUCAGAUAAUGUAGCUUUUCUUGACAGUAACUGGGAAGAUCAGGUUUCACUUGAUGACGAUGCUUUGCUAUCAUGGAUCUUUGUAGGUCCCACAAGUAGCGAACAGUUAGCUUCAUGGACACACAUGAAGAAAGAGAAAGUGCAGCAAGGAACAGAAAUCUUCGAAACACUUGAAAAAGAGUUUUACCAUCUACAGAGCAUGUGUGAGAGGAAGUGUGAGCAUUUGAGCUAUGAUGAAGCAUUGCAGGCUGUUGAGCAUCUUUGUCUUGAAGAAGUAAAGAGAAGGGAGCAUGAUAAAGAAUUUGAGCGUCAAAGCUAUGAAUUUAUAUUAAGGAAGCGUCUAGAUGAGCUUAAUGAGUUUGACAAUGAUGCCAUAUCUGCUGUAUCUAGGGGCAGUAGGUUUGAGCUAGACGCUCUAGCAAACAUUCUGAAAGAAGUAGACAAUAUGAAUGCUAAUCAGUUUGGAUUUGAGGAGACAUAUGGUAGUGCAACAUCUCAUCUAUGUGACUUGGAAUCUGGUGAAGAUGAUGGCUGGAGGACAAAGGACUAUUCACAUCAGACGGAUUCAUGCAUAGAAGUGGCAAUUCAGAGGCAGAAAGAUCAGGUGUCCACAGAGCUCAACAAACUUGAUGCCAAAAUCUUGCGUAAUGUUAAUGAGAUGCAGCAGUUGGAGGUCAAGCUUGAGCCCGCAUCUUCCCAUGAUUACCGAUCAGUACUGGUUCCUCUUGUGAAAUCUUAUCUACGGGCUCACUUGGAAGAUAUGGCUGAAAAAGAUGCCACUGAGAAGUCUGAUGCUGCUAGAGAAGCAUUUUUGGCUGAACUUGACAAGGACUCAAAAAGAGGUUCUGAUGUACAUGAUAAGAUAAAGGAUAAAAAGAGAAACAAGGAACAUAGAAAAGCCAAGGAGACAAAGGCUGCAACUAGUAAUGAGCCUAUACAAUACCCUGAUGCUGAGGAGAUGGUUGAACACAUAAGUUCUGAACCAGAUAUGAUUAAUGAACUCCUAAAAAAAGAAGAAGAGGAUUCUAAGCGGAGAAUUGAGCUUGAAGCUGAAGAAAGAAAACUUGAGGAAACUCUACAAUAUCAAAGACGAAUAGAAGACGAGGCUAAGCAGAAACACCUUGCAAGACAGCACAAGAACAUUAACAAAAUUGUAUCAGGAACACUUGCUGGUGAUGAUUGCAUGGUUGACCCAUUAAGUAAGCAGGAGGAAUUGAUCCAGGAAAAUGGAAUUCCAGAUGAUUUCAUUCAUAUCUCUAAGAACUCUGUAGAUAGGACCUUGCAGAGGAUAGGUGGUACCCAAAGUCACCUUCAUACAAAGGCUAAGCAAGAUAUGUCAGUGGAAAUGAUUGAUAACAAUGACAGUUUCCUUCGUCCAAAUGCCAAACAAGUCUUGUCCAAUGGUGAGAUUUCAGAGUCUGGUAUUUCACAUUCUGAUCAGCGGAUUGGAAGAAGAGGUAGGCGCCACAAGAACUCAGCAAAGUUGGCUGACACACGGUCUCAAGAAUUGUCAUCCGACAAAGAGAACAUUGAAGUUGCACUGGGUCGAACUAUUGAUAGUCGACAUUGUAAUGGAGAUCUUGCUUCUAUGGGAGACAGUGGAUCAAAAACUUUGAGACAACUAAAAGCUGAGGAAGAUGAUGAAGAGCGAUUCCAAGCUGAUCUUAAAAGAGCUGUACGCCAAAGCCUUGAUGUAUUUCAUUCCAACCAAAAGUUGCCCUUGGCAGACAGUUCAAGAAUGUUCCGGAACAAAUUGUCAUCAAAGGUGGAGGACACGGAUGUUUCAUCUAAGGAUGCUCCAAGUGGUGGGACUGAUGUUUAUGGUGCAGGUCUGAAGAAUGAAGUUGGAGAAUAUAAUUGUUUUCUAAAUGUGAUCAUACAGUCAUUGUGGCAUCUAAGACUGUUUCGAGACGAAUUCUUGAGGCAAUCUACAUCAGGGCAUAUUCAUGUAGGAGAUCCAUGUGUUACUUGUGCACUAUACGAUAUAUUCCUUGCUUUGAGUAGGGCAUCCACAGAAAUGAAAAGAGACGCUAUUGCCCCUACUUCUCUAAGGACCGGUCUUAGCAAUCUGUAUCCAGAAAGUAACUUUUUCCAGGAGGCUCAGAUGAACGACGCUUCAGAAGUUUUGGGAGUGAUUUUCAAUUGUCUUCAUCAAUCAUUUACACCUGCUUUGAGCAUUUCUGAUGCUGACUCAACAGAUAGAAAUGGGGAAGGAUCUUGGGAUUGCACAAAUUCUGCUUGUAUAGCUCAUUCUAUUUUUGGGAUGAACAUCUUUGAAAGGAUGAAUUGUUACAAUUGUGGUUUAGAAUCCCGACGAAUGAAGUAUACAUCUUUCUUCCAUAACAUUAAUGCCAGUGCUCUUCGAACAAUGAAGGUGAUGUGUGCUGAAAGCUCUUUCGAUGAGCUAUUAAACUUGGUUGAGAUGAAUCAUCAACUAGCUUGUGAUCCAGAUGUGGGUGGCUGUGGAAAGCUCAACCACAUUCAUCAUAUCCUUUCUUCUUCACCACAUGUUUUUAUAACAGUAUUAGGAUGGCAGAAUACUUGUGAGGGUGUUGAAGACAUUACAGCAACUUUGUCUGCCCUGGCUACUGAAAUGGAUGUAGGCAUUCCUUACCGUGGUCUUGAUCCAAAAACCAAACAUUGCUUGGUUUCAGUGGUUUGCUAUUAUGGACAACAUUACCAUUGCUUCGCAUACAGUCAUGAACACGAGCAAUGGGUGAUGUAUGAUGAUAAAACAGUCAAGGUAAUCGGCAGUUGGGAUGACGUAUUGAUAAUGUGCGAGAAAGGACAUUUGCAGCCCCAGGUUCUUUUCUUUGAAGGUGUAAACUAGUAUUCUUCAGAUGAUGAUGAUGAUAUAUCAAAUUUCAGCUAGAAAAGAGAUAGAGAGACUUUAUUGAUAAUCCAAUCUUUCAAGCAUACUCGUUUAAGAUGUGUCACAUAGAGAGAUUUUGUUACCAACCAAGCCCACAACUGUCGUAUAUAAACCGGAGAGAGGGGGGGGGGAGGCGUCUAUUUUUGUUUUACUUUUUAUUAUUUUGGUCAAAAGAAGUUUUGGUAGGAGCAGAAGAGAAUCUUGAACAGAGAAUGAAGUUUGUUUUAGGAAUGGAAGAAGAAGGAAAAAGCAAAAGUAUUGAAAGAAGCUAAAACUAAUAAUUAUUGGAAUGAUUGAACAAUAAGAUCUCUUUAAACUUGAAAGAUAUUAUUAGUUGUUGUAGUAGACAGGGAUUAUUAAUCGUUAAGGUUUGUUCUUCGUUGUUGUCGAUAGCUUUGUAUAGGCUGUUGCAUUCAUGGAACACAGUACUGUUAUAUGUUUUAGCUUUGUUGCUUCUCA